GGCGCGUCCCGCCUACAGACACUUAUCGCUGCGCAGGCGCCCAUCCUAGCCGCUCUCCAAGUCCUGUAAACAGAGGGGCCCACUGGUGACAACUUCUGCUUCCGGGUCACGAUUUGACAGCCGCUCUUACGACCCUGCUCAACCCCAGGAUUUGUCUGGAGCAUGUGAACACACCCUGAGCCUUGAUGAGUUCCAGUAUGUGGUAUAUUAUGCAGAGCAUUCAGAGCAAAUACUCUCUCUCAGAGCGCUUAAUCCGGACAAUCGCUGCCAUUCGUUCCUUCCCACAUGACAAUGUAGAGGACCUCAUCAGAGGGGGCGCGGAUGUGAACUGCACCCACGGCACGCUGAAGCCCCUGCACUGCGCCUGCAUGGUGUCGGACGCCGACUGUGUGGAACUGCUCCUGGAAAAGGGAGCCGAGGUGAAUGCCCUGGAUGGUUACAACCGAACAGCCCUCCACUACGCAGCAGAGAAGGAUGAGGCUUGUGUGGAGGUCCUAUUGGAGUACGGUGCAAACCCCAAUGCACUGGAUGGCAACCGAGACACCCCACUGCACUGGGCAGCCUUUAAGAACAAUGCCGAAUGUGUGCGGGCCCUCCUGGAGAGCGGGGCCUCUGUCAACGCCCUGGAUUACAACAAUGACACCCCGCUCAGCUGGGCUGCCAUGAAGGGGAAUCUGGAGAGCGUUAGCAUCCUUCUUGAUUAUGGCGCGGAGGUCAGAGUCAUCAACCUAAAAGGCCAGACACCCAUCUCGCGCCUGGUGGCUCUGCUCGUCAGGGGACUUGGAACUGAGAAAGAGGACUCUUGCUUUGAGCUCCUCCACAGAGCUGUUGGACACUUUGAAUUAAGGAAAAAUGGCACCAUGCCACGAGAGGUGGCGAGAGACCAGCAGCUGUGUGAGAAACUGACUGUUCUGUGCUCAGCCCCGGGAACUCUAAAAACACUCUCUCGCUAUGCCGUACGCCGCAGCCUGGGACUGCAGUAUCUGCCAGAUGCAGUGAAGGGCCUGCCCCUGCCCGCUUCUCUGAAGGAGUACCUGCUGCUUGUAGAGUAGCCUGGAGGAGAUGCUUGCACCAUCACGCAGGCAAACACAGGCAUGCAACUCGGGGUGAGGGUUUCCCCCGCACUACUAUCUCUUUGUCUUGGAAAACAGGAAAAACAGCUGUUCCUGUUGUGUGGUUUAUAUUUUGAGGCAACGUGUCAUAACGGUACCUUCCACACCAUCUCCUCUCCCCAAAGCAAUCAGCCAACCAAACAAAAAAGUCUUUCACUUCUGUUUUCUGUUUACUUGCCUUUUUAUAUCGCACCCCGCAGAAAUGAGGUUCCCCCCACCCCUCCCCUUUAGGGAAAAAGUCAGCAGUGCAACCUGAUUUCUCUAGGAAGAUGGAAAGUACAAAGUACUUAAAGAAUGUGUGUUUGGUUUUUCUUUGGGGACUUUGGAAGUAAGUUUGGAUUAACACUUUGGAAGAAUCCUCUAGAAGCAUUUUAAUUGAACUGUGAGAAGUUGGAGAAAAAGCCAGCUAACAUUGUGGCCCAAAGACGAACGUACUACAGCCUCAAAGAGGGUGCAGAUUGAGAACGGGGCUGGAUGGUCCCCCCAGAGUGCCACACCACUGGGCAUUCCGAAGGGCCUGGCCCCCUUUCUCACAAUGAAAAGAAAAAAAAAAAGAAACAAGGCAAAGAGGUCUUUGCCUCUUUUCUAUAGUUGUGCCCAAGUAUUACAGUAAUUCAGCAAUAUUAUUUUAGAAAGAUUGUCUUGCUGCUUUCCACACAGUAGGAGAGACAGCGGGUUCUAGGCAGUCCUAAGUACUUUCUUCUAGUGCAGUUCCUCCUCUUCCGGAAAGCCAGUUUGCCCUAAUGGCUUGUCAGGCAUUUCCUGCGCCAGACGAAGGGGUGUACUCUGGCUGGGAGGAGCUGGGCUGGCCUUUCCCGUGGGUCUUCCUCGUCCCCCAGAUGAAGCUCACUCUAAGGGCUGGGGGUUACUUUCAGGUGUUUUGGAAUAUUUGCUCUUCACUGAUCUGUACAGGACACUGGUGGAGGGAAUGGAGUUGGGGGCUGGGGAAAGAGCAUCAUAAGAGCUUUUCUGAGAUGGCCGCCUACCCAAAAAAAGAUGUUUUAGUGAACAAUGUUUAGUUGACAAUAUGCCUCUUCAUGUUCCUAAACUAGAUCAAGUUAUUACUGAUCUUCAAUGACCUGUAUGCAAAUUUGAAAAACUAAAAAAAAAAAAAAAAAAGCCAAUUGGGAACUACAAGUAAACAAUCUGCCGGCAUAGCCGAUUUAAAGAAGUGUAUCUGCUUUUGCCCUAUUGCUAUUGGUGUUUUUGCUUACUUAAAAAAAAAUAAACAAUUCUAAAGCAA